UGGCGACUCUGGCCAGUUUGCUCUUCUAGUGGGCGGGUGGUAUGUUUGUCUUUUCUCUUCGGCUCCACCGAGGCUGGGCGAUUGACCUCAAGUGGCGGCGGCCUUCGACGGGGCUUUAACUUUUUUCUCCUCCCCUGCUUGUCCCCUCCCCCAUGAAAAGGAUUUUCGGGACGCCCCGAUCCCUGGGUCAAAAUGGCGAUCGCUGGAGUCUCCGUGGGCUGGCUGGGCUCGGGAUUGGGGGAGGGUUGGGCUUGGGGUUGUGUGUGUGUGUGGGACAAAGCCUCGGGGAGGGAGCCCGACGGCGCUGUGAACUAGAAGGUGAACUCGCGCGGCCGGGAGAAGGCAAGCCAGGGCGGAGGUAGGGGGCAUACCCUCGAGAGCUUCCUUGGCUUUUUCCUAUGAAAGGGACGUGGGAAGGGUGAGGGCAGGGGAGCAGAGCUGAGGUGCACACGUCUCAGCGAGGCCUCCCCCUUUCCCCCGAGAAAGGGAAGCCACGGGUACACCGAGCUCUCAGGGAAUUCUUUGGAGACUCCUGGGGCAGGAAGCCCUUAGUAGACCGACAUAGGGUGUUGGUAUGAACAGAAUUCGGAUCCACGUCCUGCCAUCGAAUCGGGGGCGCGUCAACCCAGUGCCCAGAUCUCAGGAGCCCCAGUCUUGUUCGUUCACACACCGCCCAUGUUCCCAGCCCCGUCUCGAAGGGCAAGAGUUUUGCAUUAAACAUAUCCUUGAAGACAGGAAUGCCCCUUUCAAGCAGUGCAGCUACAUAUCUACCAAGAAUGGAAAGAGAUGUCCUAAUGCUGGCCCUAAGCCUGAGAAGAAAGAUGGUGUAUCCUUCUGUGCAGAACAUGCCCGUAGGAAUGCCCUGGCACUUCAUGCUCAGAUGAAGAAAAACAAUGCUGGACCCAUGAGUGAAACACUUUUGUGCCAGUUGAGUUCAUAUGCUAAGACUGAACUCGGUUCCCAGACUCCAGAAAGUAGUCGCAGUGAAGCCAGCCGAAUUCUGGAUGAAGACAGUUGGAGUGAUGGGGAUCAGGAGCCUGUGACUGUGGAUCAGACCUGGAGAGGUGAUCCUGAUAGUGAAGCUGAUAGUAUAGACAGCGAUCAAGAAGACCCCUUAAAACAUGCUGGUGUCUAUACAGCUGAAGAGGUGGCCCUGAUCAUGCGUGAGAAACUGAUUCGUUUACAGUCUUUAUACAUUGACCAAUUCAAACGACUUCAACAUCUAUUGAAAGAGAAGAAACGUCAUUAUUUACAUAACCGCAAAGCAGAACAUGAAACUUUAGGCAAUAGCCUUUUGACUGGUCCAGAGGGACUUUUAACGAAAGAGCGUGAAAGCUUAAAGCAGCUGAAAUGUCUUCGGCGCUACCGCCAGCGCUAUGGUGUGGAGGCCCUGCUACACCGACAAUUAAAAGAACGCAGAAUGCUGGCCACAGAUGGGACUGCUCAACAGGCACAUACUACCCGUUCCAGUCAGAGGUGUUUGGCUUUUGUUGAUGAUGUUCGCUGUUCCAACCAGUGUCUCCCUAUGACCAGGCAUUGUCUGAAUCAUAUCUGUCAGGAUACCAAUCAGGUUCUCUUCAAGUGGUGUCAGGGCUUUGAGGAGGUACCCUGCAAUAAACCAGUUCCUGUAAGCCUUUCUGAGGAUCCCUGUUGUCCCCUGCAUUUUCAGCUGCCACCUCAAAUGUAUAAGCCUGAGCAGAUUCUUUCUGUGCCAGAUGAACUGGAAGCUGUCCCCAUGGAUAUGUACUUGAGUGCUGCUGAACUUCAGCCUACAGAGAGUUUACCUCUGGAGUUCAGUGAUGACUUGGAUGUAGUGGGUGAUGGAAUGCAGUGCCCUCCUUCUCCCUUGCUCUUUGACCCUUCACUAACUCUGGAGGAUCAUUCAAUCAAAGACAUUGCUGAAGCUCCUGUGGAUAUUCUGAACCAAGUACAGAUCGCAGUAGGUGUGCCAAGGUCACAGGGAUCCCAAAAUCCUGAAGAAACCACAAUUUCUGCACCAUUGCCUGGAUGUGAAGUGGUUGCCACAAAUGGGAAGCCAGAACAUAUUUCUAUCAGCUGAUAGUUGCUACUGAGAACAAGUUGACUUUGGGAGAGUGCGAAUUCUUCAUUUCCCUAAGAAAAAUUUGACUGUUCCUCACCAAAAGAGAGGACCCAGGCUGACUUAUUUUCUCCCCUUUGAGCAGCUGAUAUGUAUAGUCAGUCAUAAAGCAAAAUUGUUUUGAGAAUAGAGUUACAAUUGUCUCAGCUGUGGGUGACUCUUUAAAUUGAGCAAAUUGUACAUAAUUCUGCCUCUUGGGGAUCAAUGAAUGAGUUUGUGUCCAAGAGGAAGAAAAUAGCUUAAUAAUGGCAUCCUAAAACAUUGACUAGGAAACAAGCUGGGUAGCCAGUAUGACAAGACUGAAACUGGAAAAUGUACCCUAUAUUCUUCUAGCUUUUUUUGAUAUUUCGUCCAAGUUGAGUGCUAAACUGGGCAUAUCCAGGUCCCUCCAUCCCAAAAGGAAUUCAGCUGUGGACAGUUUGCAGAAUCAAACCCUUCUUACCCUUCCAGCUUCCUGCUUCUAACCUCUCUAGAGUUCUGUAGUGGUCACCUUAUGUAAGAUAAAAUAUAAAUUUUCUGUAUAGAAUUUCUUAUCAAAUGAUCUAAAAAAGAAAAAGAAAGAAAAUGUGUUGAAAAUGAAAAAGUCUUAUUACUUGAAAUGUGAGUUGUGGGUUUAGUUGAAUAAUUUUGUAUUUGAGAGGGCUACCUGCCACUGAUUGAAAAAGACAUACUGGCAUAUAGCCUUUGUGAAAACCUUAUUGUAAAGAAAAUUACCUAUUUUCUAAACCUGUUUUUAUAUAUACAACACCCAUACCCACACAUAUGACAGAAUUAUGUCUGUAUGUAAUUAUAGUAUUGAAACUACUUUGGGUUAAGAGAAUGGCUAUGGGAACAAUGGCCUGUGGGAUCUACUAAGAAUUGUCAGUGUUAGAAAAGAUUACAAAAGCAAAAAGCAUAUGUUGCUAGGGAAAGAGACAACAUAAUCAUUUUCUGUUCUUCUUUUCUACUGUCUACUUGUUGGGGGUCAAUUUUCUAAGUCUCUAUAGCCAACAGAUAGUAAUGACAGUUGGAAAAAGACAUUGUUUAAAACAGAGGGGGAACGUUUGGCCAUAAAAGGCCUUUGAAAUCAUUUAGUGUGUUCCUGCCAAAGCAACCACAGGUGAUGAUGAUCUGAAAAUUAGGUAUAACAUCCCAUUGCUUGAGUUUUUAAAAAUUUUGUAAAAAUUUUUUUCUGAUUAGUACUUCAUUUUUCCAAAUAUAUGUAAAGAUAAUUUUCAAUAUACAUUUCUGCAAGAUUUUAUGUUACAGAUUUUUUCUCUCUCCCUUAAUCUCCCUCCUCUCCAGUAGACAGCAAGCAGAUACAAGUUGUAAAUGUAUAAUCUUUUAAAAUACUUAUGUAUUUGUCAUGUUGUACAAGAAAAAUCAGACCAAUCAGGAAAGAACAACCAGAAGAAAAAGCAGACAAAAAAAGAUGACCAUAUUAUGUUAUGAUCCACAUUGAAUCUACAAUUCUCUGGAUGUGGGUGACAUCUUCUAUCCCUGGUCUCUUGGAAUUGUCUUGAUCACCACAUUGUUGAAAAGAGCUAAGUCUAUCAUAGCUGAUAAUCAUGUUACUGUGUAUGUUCUGGUUCUGCUCACUUCACACUGCUGGAAUUUUUAAGUUGAUAAUUUUGUAUGUCCCACAAAUGAUGUUAUAACCAAAAGUCCCUUGGUAGAAAAAAGGUUCCCUACCCCUUUAUUUAAAGAAAUGUAGUUCCAAAGUAAAUGCGGUCCUUCCCAUUCACCUGCCUUAACUCCCAGUACAUGUUGUGCAUAAUACUAUUGAUGGUUUUCUGUUUUAAAGCAAUAUAUGAAUAUUAAGGUAGUUCCAACUGCAUUUAUUCCAGCCUUUAAUAUAAUUCCGAAUUUAUUUUAACCCCAUCUCUGACCAUUGCUACUAAAAUUAAUAAUCCAAAUAGACCUAAAAUUUUCAUUCUUUUACCAGCCACUUUUUCUACAACUUAGCCUAUUUACAUAACUGAAAAUUGAGGCAAAGGCUGAGAAUUUCUUGGCACUUAAAAGAUUGUCAGUUUUUUUCUGUCUAUAUUAAAUAUUCUGGGUAUCCCUGCUUAUCCACAUUUAUGCAGAUAUUCUUGAGUUGACAUGUAUCUUGGUUCUGAGAUCCAUCCCAUUCUUUACUAAUACAACUUUGUCUUUGGCGAGAUCUACUUUUAAAACUAUCUCACUUUCUGAUCUUGAAAACCUGAUUGAAUCUAUGGUCCUUUUUGUAAUGUUCUUCUCUUAAAGUGUAGUGUUCUCUGGGAACAGGUUUCUUGGGGGACUUCUGGAGGUAGCCUUAGUUUCAGUUCAAUAAUUACAAGAGCAGCCAGGGAUUAACGUCCCAAUCCUUUAUUGUCUCUUUCCAAGUCUUGUCUCCUUUCUAGGGCCCGGUUAGCUUUCUUAGAAGCCUGUUUCUCUCCUUGGUUCCAAGAGUUCCUGCCGUUAGUCCUUUUUACUCUGCCAGCUUCAGCCUCCAGCACAACGGUGGAAGAUGGAAUGAAUCUGUCUCCUCCUCCAGGAGCUUCUAGUGGGCUUGUGUGUCUGGCCUUGAGAGCUUUCUUGCUUAUGUGCUGUACACUGAGUAUACAGCAAUCAUUUUAUCACUAGGAAACCAUUAUUGUUGUAGGAUUAAAUCAGUCCUAAACUAGAUUUAAGUACUGUCUCCUCAGUUCCACUUAGUACCUUGUUUCAAGUUCUGGUUCAUAACUUCUCCUUGGAGGAUCAGAUAAAUCAUACUGAACCAUGCUAAAUUAGAUAAUUAUUGUCUCUAUCAAUUCUACAGUCUUAGCACCUUGUAAGAAUCCUAACACCUUUAAAAAAAAGUUUAAUUUUUUAAAAGAGUGAGAAUGUUAUGUUAGUUCCACACUUAGUUCCUGCAGUCCCUUCUCUGGGUGUAGAUGACUCUUCAUCAUUAGGUCAUUGAAAUUGACUUUAAACAUCUCAUUGUUGGAAAGAGACAAUCAGAAUUGGUUGUUGUAUAAUACUGUUGCCGUGUACAGUGAUUUCCUGGUUCUGUUCAUUUUACUUAGUAUCAGUUCACAACAGUCUGUCCAGACCUUUUUCAAAAUCAUCCUGCUGAUCCUUUUUUUGUAGCAGUAAUGUUCCAUAGCAUUCAUAUAUCAACUUAUUUGGUCAUUCUCCACUUGACGGGUAUCCAUCCAGUUUUCAGUUUUUUGCCAAUGUGAAAAGGGCUGCCACAAACAUUUUUGUACAUUUGAAACCCUUUAAUUUGGGAUAUAAGCCCAAUAGAAACACUGCUGGAUCAAAGGGUAUGCACAGUUUGAUAACUUUUUGACCAUUGUUCCAAAUUGCUCUCCAGAAUGGCUGGAUCUGUUCACAGUUCACAUUCGUCCUUGUCCUGUCAUCUUAGCUAAUCUGAGAGAUGUGUAUCUCAGAGUUGUCUUAAUAUGCAUUUCUCUGAUCAAUAGUGAUUUGGAGCACUUCUCAUAUGAUUAGAUAAUAGUUUUUUUUUCUGUUUCUUUUUUUUUCUUUUAAAAAAUAUUUUAUUUUAUUUUAUAAUAACUUUAUAUUGACAGAAUCCAUGCCAGGGUAAUUUUUUUUUACAACAUUAUCCCUUGCACUCGCUUCUGUUCUGAUUUUUCCCCUCCUUCCCUCUACCCCCUCCCCUAGAUGGCAAGCAGUCCUAUAUAUGUUAGAUAUGUUGCAUUAUAUCGUAGAUAUAAUAUAUGUUUGCAGAACUGAACAGUUCUCUUAUUGAACAGGGAGAAUUGGAUUCAGAAGGUAAAAAUAACCCGGGAAGAAAAACAAAAAUGCAAAUAGUUCACAUUCCUUUCACAGUGUUCUUUCUUUGGAUGUAGCUGCUUCUGUCCAUCAUUUAUCAAUUGAAAGUGAGUUAGAUCUCUUUGUCAAAGAAAUCCACUUCCAUCAGAAUACAUCCUCAUACAAUAUCGUUGUCGAAGUGUAUAAUGAUCCCCUGGUUCUGCUCAUUUCACUUCGUAUCAGUUCAUGUAAGUCUCUCCAAGCCUUUCUGUAUUCAUCCUGCUGGUCAUUUCUUACAGAACAAUAAUAUUCCAUAACAUUCAUAUACCACAAUUUACCCAGCCAUUCUCCAAUUGAUGGGCAUUCAUUCAAUUUCCAGUUUCUAGCCACUCCAAACAGGGCUGCCACAGACAUUUUGGCACAUACAGGUCCCUUUCCCUUCUUUAGUAUUUCUUUGGGAUAUAAGCCCAAUAGAAACACUGCUGGAUCAAAGGGUAUGCACAAUUUGAUAACUUUUUGGGCAUAAUUCCAGAUUGCUCUCCAGAGUGGUUGGAUUCGUUCACAACUCCACCAACAAUGCAUCGGUGUCCCAGUUUUCCCGCAUCCCCUCCGACAUUCAUCAUUAUUUUUUCCUGUCAUCUUAGCCAAUCUGACAGGUGUGUAGUGAUAUCUCAGAGUUGUCUUAAUUUGCAUUUCUCUGAUCAAUAAUGAUUUGGAACACUUUUUUUUUUCAGUUCUGAUGUUUAAUUUAUUAUUUUUCCUCCUAUUUUAAAAAAUUAUUUAUAAAAUAAAACAAGCAUUUGGAACACUUUCAUAUGAGUGAUAAUAGUUUCAAUUUCAUCAUCUGAAAAUUGUCUGUUCAUAUCCUUUUACCAUUUAUCAAUUGGAGAAUGGCUUGAUUUCUUAUAAAUUUGAGUCAGUUCUCCAUAUAUUUUGGAAAUGAGGCCUUUAUAAGAACCUUUAGCUGUGAAGAUGUUUUCCCAGUUUGUUGCUUCCCUUCUAAUCUUGUUUGCAUUAGUUUUGUUUGUACAAAGGCUUUUUAAUUUGAUAUAAUCAAAAUUUUCUAUUUUGUGAUCAGUAAUGGUCUCUAGUUCAUCUUUGGUCACAAAUUUCUUUCUCCUCCACAAGUCUGAGAGAUAAACUAUCUUAUGUUCCUCUAAUUUAUUUAUAAUCUUGUUCUUUAUUCCUAGAUCAUGGACCCAUUUUGAUCUUAUCUUGGUAUAUGGUGUUAAGUGUGGGUCCAUGCCCAUAGUUUUAAUUUCUUCAUCUCAAAAUUGACCUCAUGAUUUGAGUCAAUUAUAUAUUUUAGAAAUGAGACCUUUAUCGGAACUCUUUAAUGUAAAAAUGACUUCCCAAUUUAUUAUUUCCCUUCUGAUCUCUUCUGCAUUAGUUUGUACAAAACCUUUUUAACUAAAUAUCAAAAUUAUCUAUCAGGUGUUCAAUUAUGAGUUCCAGUUCUUUGUACUCAAAUUCCUUCCUCCGCAGAUCUGAGAGAUAAACUAUCCUGUGUUCUGAUUUGCUUAUAUCACUGUCUAAAUCAUGAACCCAUUUAUGUGGUGUUGAUAUGUGGUGUUAGGUGUGAGUUGAGCCCUAAUUUCUUCCAUACUAGUUGACAAUUUUCACAGCAAUUUUUGUCAAAUGAGUUCGUAUCCCAAAAGCUGGAGUCUUUGUGUUAGUCAAUAAUUAUAGCAAUCAUGUGUUUGACAAUCUUGUCCUGUGAUCCUAACCUAUUCCAUUGAAAGACUACUCUAUUUUCUUAGUACCAAAUAGUUUUGGUAACCGCUGCUUUAUAGUACAGUUUUAGUUAUGGCACAGGUAAACUACCUUCAUUAGCACUUUAAAAAAAAUUACUAAUUUUCAACAUAAAGAUUUUGAUUUUCCAUUUUUUUUUCCUUCCUCCUCUCCCCUUUUCCCAAGAUUAUAAGCAAUCUGAUAUAGGUUAUACAUGUCCGAUCAUAUUAACAUUUCCACAUUAUUCGUUAUAAAAGAAUCAGAACAAAAAGAAAAAUGCUUCAAUCUACAUUCAGCCUCAGUUCUUUGUCUGUGGGUAGCCUUUUCUGUUUGUAGAAUUAAAUUAGAUCAUUGUAUUGCUAAGAACAACAAAGUCUUACCAAAGUUGGUCAUCUGCAUGAUGUUGCUGUUGCUGUGAAUGAUGUUUCUCUAGUUCUGCUCUCUUCACUCAGCAUCAACUUAUGUAAAUGUUUACAAGAUUUUCCUGAAAUCCACUUGUUCAUAAUUCCUUACAGAACAUUAAUAUUCUAUUAAAUUCAUGUACCGUA